AACGCCGUAAAAGAAAAGAAUUGAAGUGCUGUUCUUGGCCAGGGGAAACAGUAAGGAGGAGGGCUCUGAACCAAAGGUUGCACAUAGACGGAGGGCUCUCCCAGACUAUUCUGUGAAUUCUGCUGCAGUGCUUUGAAAUUGGAACUAUCUGUAAAGAACAGAGAGACUUACUAACUUAAGCCUUGUAAAGAUGGAAUUGCGGAUUGAGCGUAUUCCUACAGGAGAAAUCAUCCGUGUUGUCGGUCACAAUGGAGAGCGCAGGACUGGAGCAGGGAGUGACGGUAUUCGACUGACCAUGGAGAGCGCUCUGACAGCCCGCGACCGUGUGGGGGUGCAGGAUUUUGUCCUGCUUGAGAACUUCACCAGCGAAGCAGCUUUUAUUGAAAAUCUACGUAAGCGAUUCAAGGAGAAUCUGAUCUAUACGUACAUUGGCUCAGUUCUGGUGUCUGUCAAUCCAUACAAGGAAUUGGAAAUCUACAGCAAGCAGCACAUGGAGCGAUACCGCGGUGUCAGCUUUUAUGAAGUUUCUCCUCACCUUUAUGCUAUUGCAGACAAUUCAUAUCGCUCCCUGCGUAUGGAGAGGAAGGAUCAGUGUAUUCUGAUAUCUGGGGAGAGCGGAGCUGGCAAAACUGAGGCCACCAAGAAGAUCCUGCAGUAUUACGCUGUGACCUGCCCAGCCAGUCAACAGGUUGAAACAGUGAAGGACCGCUUGUUACAAUCCAAUCCAGUCCUAGAGGCCUUUGGAAAUGCAAAAACCCUUCGGAAUGAUAACUCCAGCCGAUUUGGAAAAUACAUGGAUGUGCAGUUUGAUUACAGGGGAGCACCUGUUGGGGGCCACAUCUUGAACUACCUCCUGGAAAAGUCUCGAGUUGUGCACCAGAAUCAUGGAGAGAGGAACUUCCACAUUUUCUACCAGCUGCUGGAAGGAGGGGAAGAGGAUUUGCUGCGAAGGCUGGGUCUUGAAAAGAGUCCACAACAGUACCAUUACCUAGUAAAGGGUCAGUGUGCAAGGGUCAGUUCCAUAAAUGAUAAAAAUGAUUGGAAGAUUGUGCGGAGGGCCUUGACCAUUAUAAGCUUCAAUGACGACGAGGUGGAGGAUUUGCUGAGCAUUGUGGCUAGUGUUCUGCAUCUGGGGAAUGUGCAGUUUGCUGCUGAUGAGCAAGGAAAUGCUCAGGUGACUACAGAGAAUCAGAUUAAGUAUCUGGCUAGGCUUCUAGCAGUUGAGGGCUCUGUACUUCGAGAUUCAUUGAUCCACAAGAAGAUCAUAGCAAAAGGGGAAGAGUUAAUCAGUCCUCUGAACCUGGAGCAGGCAGCCUAUGCAAGGGAUGCUCUUGCUAAGGCAAUAUAUGGACGCACUUUCUCCUGGCUGGUGAACAAGGUUAACAAGUCUCUUGCUUACAAGGAGGGAGAAUUUCCAGGCUGGAGAAGUACAACAGUUUUAGGGUUGCUUGAUAUCUAUGGAUUUGAAGUUUUCCAGCACAACAGCUUUGAGCAAUUUUGUAUUAAUUAUUGUAAUGAAAAAUUGCAGCAGCUCUUCAUAGAGCUCACAUUAAAGUCAGAACAAGAGGAAUACGAGUCAGAAGGCAUAGCGUGGGAACCAGUUCAGUAUUUCAAUAACAAAAUCAUUUGCGAUUUGGUAGAAGAGAAAUUCAAGGGCAUCAUUUCUAUUUUGGAUGAAGAGUGUCUGAGACCUGGGGAUGCCACAGAUACAACAUUCUUGGAGAAGCUCGAGGAAACUGUGAAGAAUCACCCUCAUUUUCUCACGCACAAGCUCGCUGACCAAAAGACUCGCAAGUCACUGGGGCGGGAAGAGUUCCGCCUUUUGCACUAUGCUGGAGAGGUCACCUACAAUGUUGCAGGUUUUCUAGAUAAAAACAAUGACCUCCUGUUUCGGAACUUGAAGGAGACCAUGUGCAACUCUGAGAAUCCGAUCAUAAAUCAGUGUUUUGACAGGACAGAGCUGACAGACAAAAAGAGACCUGAAACGGCAGCAGCUCAGUUUAAGAACAGCCUCUCCAAACUCAUGGAAAUCCUGAUGUCCAAGGAACCCUCAUACAUUCGUUGCAUUAAACCUAACGACGCUAAACAGGCUGAUCGAUUUGAUGAAGUUUUAAUCCGACAUCAGGUGAAAUACCUGGGCUUGAUGGAGAACCUGCGCGUGCGCAGAGCUGGCUUUGCAUACCGAAGGAAAUAUGAAGUUUUCUUGCAGAGGUACAAAUCACUCUGUCCGGACACUUGGCCUACAUGGGAUGGACGGCCCCAUGACGGAGUGGCCGUGCUGGUGAAACACCUUGGCUACAAGCCAGAAGAAUACAAAAUGGGACGAACAAAGAUUUUUAUCCGCUUUCCCAAGACUUUGUUUGCAACGGAAGAUGCUCUGGAAGUGAGGAAGCAAAGUCUUGCAACAAAAAUGCAGGCCACAUGGAGAGGUUUCUACCGUCGGAAGAAAUUUUUACACAUGAAACACUCAGCAAUAACUAUCCAGUCAUGGUGGCGGGGAACCUUGGGACGCCGAAAAGCUGCCAAAAAGAAGUGGGCAGUAGAGACUAUAAGAAGGUUCAUUAAAGGUUUUAUUUACCGGAACUACCCUCGCUGUCCAGAGAAUGAGUAUUUCCUUGAUUAUAUCCGCUUUUCCUUCCUGAUGAACCUUAAGCGUAAUUUACCAAAGAAUGUUUUGGACAAAUCAUGGCCAACUCCUCCUCCAUCACUCUGUGAGGCAUCCCAGCUCCUGAGACAGUUAUGCAUGCAGAACAUGGUCUGGAGCUACUGCAAGAGAAUCAGCCCAGAGUGGAAGCAGCAGUUAGAACAAAAAGUGAUUGCCAGUGAGAUUUUUAAAGGUAAAAAAGACAAUUAUCCUCAGAGCGUUCCUAGGCUCUUCAUCAACACUCGACUUGGUAAUGAGGAGAUAAAUGCUAAAGUCCUUCAGGCUUUGGAAAAUGAAGCAAUUAAGUAUGCAGUCCCUGUAAUCAAGUAUGACCGGAAAGGAUACAAAGCAAGAGCACGGCAGCUGCUUCUUACCCAGAACGCAGUCAUCAUAGUUGAAGAAUCCAAAAUCAAACAACGGAUCGACUAUGCCAAUCUGACAGGCAUCUCUGUCAGCAGCCUGAGUGAUAACUUGUUUGUGCUACAUGUGCACUGCGAGGAUAACAAACAGAAGGGAGAUGUCGUGCUUCAGAGCGACCACGUGAUUGAGACGCUAACAAAGACAGCAAUGCGUGCGGACAAAGUCAAUAAUGUCAACAUCAACCAGGGAAGUAUAAAGUUUACAGUUGGGCAAGGCAAAGAAGGCAUAAUUGACUUUAUAUCAGGAUCAGAACUGCUUAUAGCCAAAGCCAAGAAUGGCCAUCUAACUGUGGUUGCUCCUCGUUUGAAUUCUCGAUGAUAAAUCAUGCCACCUGUCCAUGACCUCUUCCAUCCAUCAGUCUGACUGCUCCCUAUACAGGCUGGACAAUGUUCCCCGCAAAACCCCCCUUCCCGCCUUGCUUACGCUCAUUUUGUUUAUCAUUACCAAAGACCUGCACUUUCAGAAAAAAACGAAAUACAUCCUGCUUUCUUGUCUUAAUAUGAAAGUUCCAAAAGAAAGGCCUUCUCUUCCUUACCUUAGCGGCAAACGCACAGGUCCAAGGCAAUGUCUGUGAAACCGUGGCUCAUGAAACUCGUGCAUUCAGCUGGGCUUUGAGGGAGGUAGUUCUGACUCCAGUAGAGUUUUAAUCUCUGAUGGAAAUGACCACAAUUUGUGCUUCUAUCAUCAGUCAAAAAAUGCACAAUCGCAGAAAACAAAUACUGCUGCCGAUCUGUCAGCCAAAUCAAUGAAAAGCCAGACUUUAUAUUUAGAAAGAAUGUUUUAUGAAGAACUUUGCUCUGAGACUUUUUGAUGCUUUGUGUUACACUAUUAAAGCCAUAUUGUGUAAAUUAGUAAAACCCUGUAAAUACUUUAUAGCUGAGUAUGAGAGAGAUGCACUACAAGAAAUGGAGUUGAUGUGGAAAUUGUUUUAGAUUUGAUAUUUGUUUUAUGAUUAGAAGGUGUUAAACUGAGAAAACCCAUUAUGUAACUAACUUCUUCACUAAUCUUGAUCCAAGGAUGCUUAUAUUUAAGGCACCUCGCCCAUUUUUUGCUCUAUGGUAUUUUUAUACUUCUCCAUAUCCAUACAUCCAAAAAAAAUAAAAAUAAAAAGGAACAAACACACACAAACUGCAGCAGUCACCACUUGUCUAUGUCAUUCUAGGCUGGAACUAAAAUCUGUAGUCCUUGGCCACAGCAUGUGCACAUCAGCUUUCUCUCCCAACUUGUCUGGGAGUCACAUUGUCCCUUCCCCUACACAGCUCAUCAGACUCAGAGCAGCACCUUCAAAAUUGCUUUUCCUCCUCUUAUGUUUUCAGGGAUAACUGGAAGUUUUGAGCUCUCACAGUAAAGCUCCACAGUGUUUAUACAACUUCUCCAUACUGCCUUAAAGGGGACAAGAUAGCUAGCUAGUUCAGCACUGCUGGCAUUACCAACCAAAUGGCUGAUGGCUCCUCUACAUGGAAGCAUCUAACUAAGAAAGCUGUGUCACUUCACUAAUUGUAACUAGAAGCCAGAAGGCUUCUAGUGCUGUGAAUGCUAACUGGUCUCAGGCUGCAGCACAGAAGUAUUAAGCACUUUCAUGUAAGAACAAACACAAAUGGCUACAGGGCAGAGAGCUAAGUGUCAAAUACCUGCUGACUGCAAAUCACAGCUCCAGCUUCCGUUUCUGAGUUCUAGACCUCAAGCAGUGCAUCUUGCACUCUACUUGCCUUAAAUAUCCUUCAAGUUCCACCUCUAUCCUGAUGCAGAAGCAACAAGUUACACCAAGCCCCAAACAAACACGUUGCCAGUGACAUACAAUGGGCACAGGCUCUUACUUUUUGGUUUCUGACAUCCAUUAUGCAGUAUUAAACACUGCACCAGGCCUGGAAUGCUGUAUACACUGUAGUAUAUAUGUACACACACACACCAUACUGCUUACUGUGUAUGCUAUAGUGUAUAUACUGUACAACACUGUAUACGCUACUAUAACCUCUUCAAGACUACGCUGAAUAAAUUUUUACAAUAAAA